AUGGCACAAGCUAACGAGAACCAUCACAAUGGUGAAAAGGCAUCCACAAACUACAAGGAAGCAUUCUCCCUCUUCGAUAAGCGAGGAACCGGCCGUGUCUCGCUCGAGUCUCUAGGCGAUUUACUUCGCGCGUGUGGACAGAACCCUACUCUUGCUGAGAUCAGCGAUUUGGAAAAGGGACUUGGUGGAGAUUUUGAUUUCGAUGCCUUCUCCAAAGUCCUUAACCGACCUGGUGGAUUCCGCGACCCCGGAGAGCCAGAGGAAUACUGCCGUGGAUUCCAGGUUUUUGAUAAGGAUAUGACGGGCUAUAUUGGCGUUGGACAGCUACGAUACAUUCUAACCAACCUCGGUGAGAAAAUGUCCGAUGAAGAGGUUGACGAGCUUCUCAAGGCCGUUGACACCAGCUCUGGCGAAAUAAACUACACCGAGCUCGUCCGAACAAUUCUCGCCAACUAA